CUUCUAGGUCGGCAGUUGCCAUGGAAUCUGGACCCAAAAUGUUGGCCCCCAUUUGCCUGGUGGAAAACAACAAUGACAAGCUGUUGGUGAACCAGCAAGCUAUACAGAUUCUUGACAAGAUUUCUCAGCCAGUGGUGGUGGUGGCCAUUGUUGGACUGUACCGUACAGGCAAAUCCUACUUGAUGAACCGUCUGGCAGGAGAGAAUCAUGGCUUCCCUCUGGGCUCCACCGUGCAGUCUGAAACCAAGGGCAUCUGGAUGUGGUGCGUGCCCCACCCCUCCAAGCCAAACCACACCCUGGUCCUUCUGGACACUGAGGGUCUGGGCGAUGUAGAAAAGGGUGACCCUAAGAAUGACUCCUGGAUCUUUGCCCUGGCUGUGCUCCUGUGCAGCACCUUCGUCUACAAUAGCAUGAGCACCAUCAACUACCAGGCCCUGGAGCAACUGCAUUAUGUGACGGAGCUCACAGAACUCAUUAAGGCAAAGUCCUACCCAAGGCCUGAUGGAGUAGAAGAUUCCACAGAGUUCGUGAGUUUCUUUCCAGACUUUAUUUGGACUGUACGGGAUUUCACUCUGGAGCUGAAGUUGAAUGGUGACCCUAUCACAGAAGAUGAGUACCUGGAGAACGCCUUGAAGCUGAUUCAAGGCAAGAAUCCCAAAGUUCAAACAUCCAAUUUGCCCAGGGAGUGCAUCAGGCUUUUCUUUCCAAAACGGAAGUGUUUUGUCUUUGAUCGGCCAACACAUGACAAAGACCUUCUAGCCAAUAUCGAGAAGGUGUCAGAAAAGCAACUGGAUCCCAAAUUCCAGGAACAAACAAACAUUUUCCGUUCUUACAUCUUCACGCAUGCAAGAACCAAGACCCUCAGGGAGGGAAUCACAGUCACUGGGAAUCGUCUAGGAACUCUGGCAGUGACUUACGUAGAUGCCAUCAACAGUGGAGCGGUGCCUUGUCUGGAGAAUGCAGUGAUAACUCUGGCCCAGCGUGAGAACUCAGCUGCCAUGCAGAGGGCAGCCGACUACUACAGCCAGCAGAUGUCCCAGCGAGUGAAGCUCCCCACAGACACACUCCAGGAGCUGCUGGACGUGCAUGCGGCCUGUGAGAGGGAAGCCAUUGCAGUCUUCAUGGAGCACUCCUUCAAGGAUGAAAACCAGGAAUUCCAGAAGAAGCUCGUGGAAAUCACAAUGAAUAAGAAGGGGGAUUUCUUGCUGCAGAAUGAAGAGUCCUCUGUUCAAUACUGCCAGGCUAAACUCAAUGAGCUCUCAAAGGGCCUAAUGGAAAGUAUCUCAGCAGGAAGUUUCUCUGUUCCUGGAGGGCACAAGCUCUACAUGGAAACAAAGGAAAAGAUUGAACAAGACUAUUGGCAAGUCCCCAGGAAAGGAGUAAAGGCAAAAGAGGUCUUCCAGAGGUUCCUGGAGUCACAGGUGGUGAUAGAGAAAUCCAUCUUGCAGUCGGAUAAAGCCCUCACUGAUAGAGAGAAGGCAAUAGCAGUGGAUCGGGCCAAGAAGGAGGCAGCUGAGAAGGAACAGGAACUUUUAAAACAGAAAUUACAGGAGCAGCAGCAACAGAUGGAGGCUCAAGAGAAGAGUCUCAAGGAAAACAUAGCCCAGCUGAAGGAGAAGCUGCAGACGGAGAGAGAACACCUACUGAGAGAGCAGAAUAUGAUGCUGGAGCACAAGCUGAAGGUCCAGAAAGAUUUGCUUGAUGAAGGAUUUAAGAAGAAAUGUGAGGAGAUGAAUGCAGAGAUAAAUCAACUAAAACAUAUGAUUGAUACUACAAAAAAUGAUGAUACUCCCUGGAUUGCACAAACCUUGGACAAACUUGGCAAUGAGCUAACUUCAAUAUUGUCUGGUCCUGCUAAAUUAAUUGGUCAGGUUGUCAAAGGUGUGAGCUCACUCUUUAAAUAG